AUGCCGCCAAAGGGCGCAACAGCGGUGCCAAAGAGGAAGAGACCCGAACAGAGGGUCGCAUCGGGCUCCGGCAGCAGCAAGACCCUUGACCUGCCCUCCCAAGACGUCGUUUCAGCCGCCCAGGACGCUCAAUUAGAAAUACCCAGCGACGAAGACGAGGAGGGAGAAGCAGACGUCGCAGCCACGACUGAUGCGCUCAAAGUCCCUGCAGGCGCCGAAGCUAGCGACGAUGAAGACGACGAGGAAGAGGAAUUCCCAGAGAUCGAUGCAGCAUCCUCAGACGAUGAAGACGACGAUGACCAUGGCUCCUUCGACGUAUCCGACAGCGACCUUGAAGAUGGAGUCGAUACUGACGAGUAUGACUCGCAAGAUGAAGACGCCCGCGCCUCGCGAUUCGCAGCAAAGGCAGCAACGCAGGGAGAAAUCGAUGCAGAGCUCGACGGCAUGGUCAAGCGAGCCACUGUCAAGCCCAGCGAAGAAGACUACAAGCUCAACAAACUUGGCCUCGAUCCAGCAACUGCAGCUCCCAUUCUUGGCGACCGUAAUGCAGACGGUAGCACAAAGUCGACGUUCCAGCGCAGCAAGCUCACAGGUCAGACACGGAGAGUGUACCCUGAGAUUGAGCCCGACUACGAUAGCGACAGCAGCACUGAAGACGCUCCCAAUAGGAUCGGCAACGUACCGCUCGAGUGGUACGACGAUCUACCUCACAUCGGAUACGACAUCGAGGGCAGGAAGGUGAUGAGGCCCGCAAAGGGAGACGAGCUCGACAAAUUCCUAGCAACGGUAGAGGACCCAACUUCAUGGAUGAGCGUCGAAGACAAGCUGACAGGCAAGGAUGUACAGCUGACGAAUGAGGAGCUGGACAUUAUCAGACGUCUGCAGCAGGCAGAGAUCCCAGAUGGCAGCUACGACCCGUAUGAGGAUCAAGUCCACUGGUUCACAGGCGAGGGCAAGGAGAUGGUCACCCCAAUGACUGGCAAGCCUGAGCCGAAGCGGCGCUUUGUGCCCUCCAAGUGGGAGCACAAGAAGGUCAUGAAGAUCGUCCGGGCUAUUCGACAGGGCAGAAUUACACCGCGUGCUCCCGCUCAGUCAAAGGCUUCCAUCUACAACAUCUGGUCAGACGCAGAUGCACCUCGCGCAGACCACCCUAUGCAUUUGCCUGCUCCCAAGCUGCCGCUGCCGACGACGGCAGAGUCGUACAACCCACCGGCCGAGUACCUCUUCACAGAGGAAGAGAAGAAGGCGUGGGAGGAGGCAGAGAGAGAGGACCGCAAGACUUCCUUUGUGCCUGCCAAGCACUCUGGUCUACGAGUGGUACCGGGCUACAAGGACUUUAUGCAAGAGCGCUUCGAGCGGUGUCUGGACCUCUACAUGGCGCCUCGUGUCCAGCGGAAGAGGCUCAAUAUCAGUGACCCUGAUCAGCUGCUGCCGAAGCUCCCUUCGCCACAAGAGCUCAGGCCAUUCCCUACGACUUGUGCGGUCACCUACCCCCACCCCAACAACUCUCGAGUGAGAUGUGUCGCCGUCGACCCUCGCGGAGGGUGGCUCGCAACAGGAGCCGACGAUGGUCGAGUGCGACUGUGGGAUCUAGAGAUUGGUCGGUGUGCUGCUGUAUGGGAUCUCAACUAUGGUUCGGCAGAGCGGGAUCGUUCCCCAGUGCACUCCUUGGAGUGGUGCCCGAACAAGAGCGUCAGCCUGAUCGCUGCCGUCACGUCUGGCAAAGCUACGAUCAUCGCACCUCCCCAUACCAGUCCCGGGUCGGCUUCGGCAACUGGCACGACAUCUUUCCAGCAUGCGAUUGCAGGCUACCAACCUGCUCUUCCCACCUCAUCCUCGACGGCUCAGGCAUCAGCUAGCGCAGCACCUCCCGCCAAAUGGUCACGUCCGAGCGACGUUGAGCGUUCCAACGGUGUGGCAGUACACAUCACCUUCAACGGUACGCCAAAGCAGGUGACCUGGCACGCGAAGGGCGACUACUUUACCACCGUUUCCGCCGAUGGAGGAUCCUCUUCUGUUCUGAUCCACCAAUUGAGUAGACAACGUUCCCAAGCUCCCUUCAAAAAGGCCUCCAAGGGUUCUUCAGUGCAGAAGGUCGCUUUCCACCCUACGAAGCCCCAUCUCUUUGUAGCCACACAGCGCUACGUUCGUAUCUACGACCUCUCCGCACAGAGUCUCAUCAAGACGCUCCAGCCAGGUCUCAAGUGGAUCUCCUCCAUCGAUGUGCACCCAUCGGGGGACCAUGUGAUCUUAGGAUCCUACGACAAGCGUCUUUGCUGGUUCGACCUAGACCUCUCCACCAAGCCUUACAAGACUCUUCGGUACCACGCCAGAGCUCUACGAAGUGUUGCUUUCUCCCGCUCGUACCCAACCUUCGCCUCGGCCUCGGACGAUGGGACCGUGCAUGUAUUCCACGGAACGGUGUAUUCGGAUUUCAACUCGAAUCCCCUAAUCGUACCACUAAAGGUGCUCAAGGGACACGAGGUCACGGAUGGAUUGGGAGUGCUGCAUAUGACUUGGGUCACAGGACAGCCGUGGGUCGUUACUGCUGGGGCGGAUGGAACGGCUAGGUUGUGGACACCGUGA